AUGCUUCUGUCCAUGUCGGUUGUAGGACUUACAUUCGUAGGCGCUGAUGUGGGCGGCUUCUUUGGCAGUGCGUCCACAGAGCUGCUAACACGAUGGAACCAAGCUGCUACGUACCAGCCGUUCGUCCGCGGCCACUCUCAUCAGGACACGGCACGCCGUGAGCCUUGGAUGUUCGGCGAGCCAACCACAUCGCACAUCCGCGCUGCCAUUCGUGAGCGUUACGCAUUGCUUCCGUAUCUCUACACGGUAUUCCACGCAUGUUAUGCGCGUGGUAUGCCCGUCAUGCGUCCGCUUUGGGCGCACUUUACACAGGAACCCCAGAGCUUCAGCGAGGAAGAUCAGUAUCUGUUGGGUGACGCUCUGCUCGUAAAGCCAAUUACCGAGAAGGGCGUUGAGUCCACCCAUGUAUUCCUCCCGACCGAUAACCCCGAAGACAAGACGGUGUGGUAUCACGUGACCGACGGAUACAAGCCUUUCUUCGGUGGCAAGACGUACGAAAACAUCCCGGCGCCUCUGGAUGCCAUCCCCGUAUUUCAACGAGGUGGUACGAUCCUGCCGCGCAAACAGCGUGUGCGUCGCAGCUCAGAGUUAAUGCACAACGACCCACUGACGCUGGUGGUGACACUGGACCAGCACUUGGAGGCUUGCGGUGAGCUGUACGUUGACGACGAGCGGUCGCUUGCUGCUGAACUCGAGGGCGAAGGCACUCUGGUGUCAUUUCACCAGACGAAGGAGGGGUUACGUUCGACGGCUACUGCUGCUACCACACAGGGUAGACGUUAUACGUCGGUCAUGUGGGUCGAACGCAUCGUAAUGUACGGCUUUCUGUCCAAAGUCAACUUACCCAAGAAUGUACUGGUGGGCGGUGAGCGCGCGCUGGACCUUCAGUACGAUGUCGCUGGUGACCGCCUGGUACUGCGUAAACCGCAAGUACCUGUCACAAACGACUGGGAGCUGCGCUUCGUGUACGACCUGGCACUCGAAUAA